AUGGCACCGGGUGCGAGCAUGCGUGCUCUGCAAGACUCGCCUACCGCCUUGAUGUCUCGAGUUCCUGGCACUCACUCCAGCCAGCUGCUCCCAGUCUACGGCAGUCACUCGCCGCUCUUCAGGCAUGGCAGAAGGUCGUGGUCAAGUCAACACGACCCAGACACGCCCAUGCCGAGCUUCAUGGACACCGUUGGCAACAUCACCGUCAUCAAGGGCAGGGACAUCACCUUCACCUGCAUCGUCAAGCACCUCGGCAAAUAUAAGGUCGGGUGGGUGAAGGCGGACACAAAAGCUAUACAAGCGAUCCACCACCAAGUUGUGACGCACAACCCGCGUGUGUCAGUGACCUACCGCGACCACACCACCUGGAACCUGCACAUCAGGAACGUCCAGACCGACGACCAAUCGCAUUAUUCGUGCAAGUCGAAUGAGCCCUCCUGUGGGCAGAUGGGGUUCCUGGAGGUGCAGGUGCCGCCUGAGAUCGUGGACGACGAGAGCUCCGGCGAGACCGAGGUGGUGGAGGGCGGUCACGUGCACCUCUUCUGCAAGGCCACCGGAUACCCCACGCCCACCAUAUACUGGAAGAAGGAGGGCGCCUCGAAACGCGACAAGGUGCAGGAGAAGGGCGAGAACCUGACGAUGUCGCGCGUGACGCGGCACAACAUGGGCCACUACCUCUGCAUCGCCAAGAAUGGUGUGCCGCCCUCCGUCAGCAAGCGCAUCAUGCUCCGCGUAAACUUCGAGCCGCUCGUGACGCUGCCCAUCAACAUGUUCAGCUUCCCUGAGGGCGACGACGUGACCGUCAAGUGUCGCGUCGAGUCGUCGCCGCAGGCCGUCACCACCUGGCGCCGCGUGCCGGGCGAGCAGAUGAUCAUCAGCAGCCACAAGUACAACGCGACCGAGAGCCACCAGGACUACUACGUCACCAUCAUGCAGCUCACCAUCAGGAACUUCACCAAGAAAGAUGCCACUAAUUACAUUUGCGCUGCCAGUAACUCACUUGGCUCCAGUGAGGCAACUAUAACCGUCAAUGCGAUCCCGAAGCCAGCGACGCCGAAGCCGGAGCAGGAGCACCGCCCCCCGAAGCAGAUGUCGUCCCCCAAGAACGAGAUCAGCAAAGACGAGUUGCGGCGCAAAGAGAACCUUGCACUCAGCAGUCCAGAUGACCUACCCAUCCCGACCGACGAAAGUGGCAGACAAAUUAUACCAGUUGAGGGGAUCAACACAGGGGUAUUCGAAGACGAAAAUCUAGAAAAUCAGGGUAGAAAUACAAGAAUAGGUGAACACCAGCCCGGUUUUGUGGAACAACCUAAAGGGUACGACGUGUUCAACUUCUUCGGGUCUGGCAGUGCAACAACAUGGAACACUUGUUGUAGCAGUGAUGUGACAAGAGCCAUGGCAGUCCUUAUGGUAUUUCUAGCAACCUUGUACAAUAAUAAGUCAUUUGAAUGAGUUAUUGAAACUAUUUAGGAAUCGCAAUCCAGAAUAACUGACCCAUGAUUGCUUCAUGUUUAGUCUAAAAGUCAAAUUUAAUGAUGAUGUUUAGAUAUCUAUCUAUUUUACGGAAUAAAUAACAAAUCAGAUUUUAAAA